ACAAACACACUUUUUUUUCUCUCUCUGCUCAACAGCUAGCUUCUCUGUAUACCCACCCCCACCGACAUCUUCAGUGCAGAAAUGGCAAUGCUUCAAUGGCUUCUUCUUCUUCCAUGCAUUUUCUUCAUCUCAGCUUCUGCUGCUAAAGUUCAGACUAAGGUAACUGAUAAUCCAGCUGAUCAGCUGGUAUCUGCCCUUAAUAGUAACAGGACUGCAAAUAAAUUAUCCUCCUUAUACAGCAACCCUGGUUUGGCAUGCUUGGCUCUGCAAUAUAUAAAAGCAUACGGAGGUGAUUGUAAAGUAGUUGGAGGGCCAGAUGGCAAGAAACCUGCUGAAUCUGAAUUCGCCGAAACUUUUGCCCCUAAUUGUGGUGUGCAGGCGUCAUCGCUUGCUCAAAUAACUGGAAGAUUUCUCGCAUGCCAAUCCAAGUAUGCUGAACCUUCUGAAGCAUUCAACGAUAUUCUUAUAAGAAAUAGCAAAAGUUUGGAUAUUCUCUAUAGCAAGAACCACACUGAGGUUGGUGCUGCUGUGAGUGGCUCCGAUGGUGGUGGCCCCUAUUUCUGGUGUGUACUAUUCAGCAAUGGAAAACCAAAGAGCAGCUUUACCACAGGGGGAGGAGAGCCUAAGGUAAGUAGGCCUGGAUGCUUCAGUGGUUCUAAUGACCAAUGCAAUGGUGCUAAUACUUUGUCUCAGACCAUAUAUCUCUGGACAAUCAGUGUAGGAGCUUCCUUUGCACUGCUUUAUAUCUUAGGAGUAUAAACCAUCAAGGGAUUUGUUUUUGGCUUUGAUUGAACGGCCUUUUUUUUCUUGUGUUGGUAAUGACUUCAUUUUUUUUUUUGAAUUACUAUUUGGUGAGUGUUUUCGAGAAUUCCUUGUUCUACAUAUUGUAACCACCUCUGAAUAUAAAUCUGUAUGCUGUACAAAA